AUGGACUUACUGGAGAAAGCUCAGUCAGCUUAUGUCUUGAUUUCACUAUCAUCAAUCCCACUAUUACUCCUAGCGAUCAUACCCCACCUCUUUCCAUCUCGUCUCUCAGGUAUAUCCCCAAUCUCUCGACUUACCCCUCCUACGAUCUCAUUGGCAAUAUGGACAAUCUCGAAAUGCAGUAGCACGAUACUAGAUCGAUACGUACUGAAGAAAGGGCAAGCCCAAGAUCUGUUCUGCAGUGUAGAUGCGAUACUUAUAGACGCCUUGACGACUGGUAUGGUCGCUCAUAUACCCGCUAUAGCAUUGUAUCGAUAUCGCUCUCUUCCUACUCCAUCAAUACCAAAUCCCAUCCCACCUACCAAGCUCCGCAAUGCCAUUUGUCUCAUCAUCAUCUACGCCUACUCUCUAUUACCUUGCGUACCAACUCUUUCAAAAGCCAUCUCCAGAAGAUUUAGCUCGUCGGAAGGUUUGGCGAAAUGGUGGGGAUUCUACUGUAUAGAUAGUGGAGAUUGGUUCAGAACAGUCCGUCCGUUCACCCUCCUUGCCCCUCUCCUUCUAACUCUACCAAUCACCGUUUUAAUCUUUUCCGUCCUCUAUUCUACCUCAGGUCAUCCUUCUCCUCAUAUACACCCUACAACCAAACACUGGGCACAGGCGAGUAUGUUUUUGCUCAUUUCAGCAGGGAUAGGAGGGUUCGUGGUGAUUGAACAAAUAAUAGGAUGGAAUGAUACCUGGUUAUUUAGGGGGAUUGAGGCCCUUGGUGGACCCAUCUUGGCUCUGACAUUACUAUUCAACCUUGAUACUUGGCAUACAUACUCAUGUUGGAUCCGAUUCCGUCGUCCUCCCAUGACAUCUUCGGAUAAUUUCCAUCCAAAUACACCGUUAUUAUCCGACUUGCAAAAGAAACGAAGUUCGUCAUUCUACGUCGAUAAAAUAGAGAUUACACCUGGUUGUGGACCUGGUUUAAUGAUGGAACGAAGUGUUAGAUUCCCACCCACACCUGUACAAGCUGAAUAUAUCCCUAAUAGACAGAUGUCAACAAAGGGUAAAAAAGGCAAAAUUGAGAGUCUGUUGCCGCCUCCUGCGAAGAGGAAAUCGAAUAAGGGAACGGAAUGGUUGAAAUCUGCUUUGACCAGCCAUACAUAUACUCAUAAUACAGAAAGAGGAAGAGAGAAUAUGGAUAUAGAUAUGGAUUUGGAAAGAGGAUUACAUCCCCAUCCACAUUCAAUAGACCAAAAUCAUUCACCACCUAUACAACUUUCUCCUGAAAUCGUUGUGAGGGAUGUACCUCGAGUGAUAGUUCAGGAACCUACCCCAAUACAUUUCAAUCGACCUAGUAGAUAUUCAUCGAGUACAAAUGCCUCGUCUCCAUUCCAAUAUCAAGAUCUAGUUACCUUUUAUUCAACUGCUCCUUCCGGUAUUGAACAAGAGGGAAGAGCUAGUAGCGUUUUUCCAUGUUGUGAUUCGGUUUAUUCAUCUACUACAUUACCUUACGAUACGAGGGGUUCAUCUACGAUAGACAAGCUGAGGAGCAAGGGUAGUACGAGUACUGAAUGGAGUUUUGACUCGAAUUCUGGGUUGGGUGAAAUCAUUGGAGGUAUCGGUAAAUCACCAUUACCACCCGUCCCGGCAAUAACGACAUCCAAUAUAAGUAAUGAAGGUGAAGAUGAUUCAGCAUAUCACCAACUCCCAGCAUCGAUGGCUAUACCGGGACCUAGACCAACUAUUACAAGAGACAGUGGUAGCCUGAAUCAAGAUCAUCCUCCCAGUGUGACUUCCUCAAUAUACUCUCAACCAUCUAUUGUAGAUUCAUACCGCGUUGUCCCCAGACCUGUACACAGUAGGAAUACAUCCAAUCACAGUAUAUCAACUAAGAGAACGUUGAUAUCCACUGCCGAAGGAAGGGAAGAAGAUGAGCAGGAAAUGAUCAAAUUUGGUUAA